AUUUGUAUUAAAAAUUGACUUUGGUGUUGGUUGACAGUUGUUUUUAGUUCCAGAUCUUCAAUUGUAGAAAUGCUACCCUUGUUUUGUCGAUCCACUCCACAUCUGCGUCAGAUCCACCGUGCUCAUCAAGUUCGCCGCACAGAUACGUUAAGGUUUUAACGUCUUUGAAAGCUUCACCGUCUUUCGCGAUAUGGUUGGUGCAUGUUGUGUUGUAUCGGAGAAUCCUGAAUUUUCCUUUUGUGAAUGUUGAGACCUGCUGCUAAGGCUGCUGUUACACUAGUCAUCUCUUGCAUUUGUUGUUGCAUGUGUGAUAGAAGAGCCAGAUCGUUUGUGAAGUCUAAAUCAUCCAGCUGCAUCCUAGUUGUCCACGGUAUCCCGUGUUUCCCUUCAGAUGUUGACGUCUUCAUAAUCCAGUCAAACACCAGAAGAAAGAGAAAGGGUGGGAGUAAGCAACAUUGUCUGACACCGGUCUUCAUCUCGAACGAGUCUGUUAGCUGUCCUCGCACAAUUUUGCAGUCUCAUCGGUCAUGAGAGUUCCGUAUGAUGUUGACUGAUUGUCCUAGUAUAUACGAACAAUCACAGCGGAAACAGUUGAACCAAUAUACUAUCUAAAAUAUUAGCUUCAGUAAUACUAUGAUGCCUAAGUAAAGCUUGUAAAGAAUGAAUUCGAGAACAUUAUGCUGGUUUCAAACCUGGGCGUAAAUGUGUAGACCAUAUAUUCACACUUCAUCAGGUCCUAGGACAUAGACACUCAUUCAGGCGUCCGACAAUACUUGAAUUUUUUGAUCCUAAAGCUCUGUUGCAUUGUCUGUCGUUAAAAGGUAUGUCAGAUAAAUAUAUUAAUCUUAUCCAGGCUCUUUACUCGAACACUACAAGUCGAGUGAGUGCUUAUUGCGAAGUGUCAUGGGAAUUCAUUACUGCAAGUGAUCUUGAUGACACGUCACUCAAAAAACUGUACAGCUCAUACAGUAUAUACUUAUUAUGAGCGAAAAAAUGAUGCACACAGAUCAGGUUUUGGCACUCAAGAAAUCCGUCUAGGAAAAGAUUCAGUGAAGGCUCUUGAUUGUUGCUCUCUUUGUUUACAACCAGCCAAAGAUCCUGUCGUUACAAGUGAUGGAUUUCUCUAUGAUCGAGCAGUAGUUCUGGAAUAUAUUGUUUCUCAAAAAGCUGAAAUUCAACGGAAACUUAAAUUAUAUGAAAAACAGAAAGCUCGUCUAGAUGCUGAAGCUAAAAUGGUUCUCAAGGCUGAAAAAGAGGAAGAAGCCAGACGAUUUCUAUCAAUGAAUACUCUCGAUACACAUUCAAAGGCCUCUGCACAAGCAGCUGAAGCAGAAGCUUUGGCCUCAUUAUCCAAUAAACGAAAUAGUUUAGAUGAAAAAGCUUCAUGUUUCUGGGCUUCUAGUAGUAAAACAAAUGAGAAGUUGAAUAAAGAACUCUUAGAUAAACCUGAUACUGUUGUUCGAUGUCCAAUGAGUGGUAAACCAUUAAAAUAUAAAGAUUUAGUUGGUGUAAAAUUCACUAGCUUUGAGGAUGAUUAUAAAGUUAUGGGUUUUAAUCAGAAUAAACAAGUAGUAGAUCGUGAAGUCAAAUAUUGUUGUGCAGUUUCUAAAGAUCCACUUACAAAUGCUACAGUAUGUGUUGUUCUUAAAACUUCUGGUGCUGUUGUAACUAAAGAAGUUGUUGAUAAUGUCAUUAAAAAAGAAAUGAUUGAUCCGAUUAAUGGUCAAAAAAUGAAAUCAACUGAUUUUAUUGAACUUCAAAGAGGAUCUCUUGGAUUUGCUGAUGAACGAAUUGUGCUAACUGCCAAACGUUGGUCUACUAUAGUGCAAUUUAUUGGCUAUUUAAAGCUACCAAUUUAUCCGAUUAACUCUGAACAAAUAGAAAUUUUGCAGACUCCACAAGAUUUCUUUCAUGGUUUAUUGUAUCAUAUAGAGAAUGCCAAAAAACGAAUUGUUUUGUCAACUUUAUACAUUGGAACAGGUGCAUUAGAACAUGAAUUAGUUACUGCAUUAAAAAAAGCUGUUCAUGAAAGAAAUGUAAAACUUACAAUUUUAAUGGAUGCAACACGUGGUCUACGUCCUUGCUUAACCACUCAAUAUUAUACCAACAAUACUUUAUUAUCAUCCUCCAGUAAAAAUUUAUUAGAAUCACCAUCUUCAUAUUCUUCAUGUCAUUUUUUAAGUCCAUUAACUCAUUUAUCGAAUGUAUCGAUUCUCUUAUAUAGUCAUCCAUCUCCUCAUAAAUGGAUUCGUUCUAUAUUACCUAGUCGUUGGAAUGAAAUAUUUGGUGUACAACAUAUUAAAGCAUAUAUAUUUGAUGAUACAAUUAUUAUGAGUGGAGCAAAUUUAAGUCAUGAAUAUUUUACUAAUCGACAAGAUCGAACAUGGAUAUUUAAAAAUGUUCCAAAUUUAGCAAAUUUUUAUUGUGAUUUAAUUCAGAAUGUAAUUAGUAAAUUUUGUUAUUCCUUAUGCUCAAAUGGUAGUUUAAUAGCUAAUCGAAAUGAUAUUAUGUCAGCUCAUCAUCGCUCAUCAUUUCGUCAACAAUUUCAUAAUGAUUUAUCAAGCUUUCUAAUGAACAAACAUCAAGAAUCCAUGGCUCAUAUCAAUGAUCAUCAAAUGUCUUCAUCAUCAUCAUCAUCGUCAUUAUUGUCGUAUGACAGUUAUAUUAUUCCAUUAUUACAAUAUGGGUAUUGUAAUGUACAAUAUGAAAAAGAAUUUUUCAACUAUUUAUUUCAUUCUAUCAAUACAUUGAAAUUAUACAAAGUAUUUUUAACAUCAGGUUAUUUUAAUUUAACAACAUGUUAUGAAAAUUUACUAGUGAAUUUAUUAAAUACCACAACGAAUGAUGCUAAUAGUAAUCACAAUAAUACCAUGAAUUUAUUAUGUGCUUCACCAAUGGCCAAUGGAUUUUUAAAGUCGAAAGGUUUAUCCGGUUACAUACCAUUAGCGUAUAGAGAAGCUCUUAUAAAAUUACUUCAAUUAUUCCAUACUACUAACACGAAUUAUAGUAGUAGUGUCAAUGUUUAUGAAUAUAACAGACCAAAUUGGACAUUUCAUGCUAAAGGUUUAUGGAUUGAAGGUGGUGAUAUUGAAAAUGAGAAAGUGGAUGAUAUAGGGAAGACAACGAACAAGAUGAACAAACAUCAUCAACAAUGUUCUUAUAGUUUAUCCUUAGUUGGUUCAUCGAAUUUCAGUUAUCGUUCAUUGAAUAGAGAUUUAGAAAGUCAAUUAUGUGUAAUUACAACUAAUCAGCAUUUACGUCAAUCGCUUUAUCGUGAACGAUGUCAUCUGUUCUCAUCGAAUUAUUGUUAUCCUGUUUAUUUGAAUCAAUUAAUUUAUCAAACAGAAUAUCGUCUACCUGUAUAUAUCAGAAUUAUACUACCAAUAUUACGUUGGUAUAUGUAAAUUGUUUCUUUUUCACAACUUAUCGCAUCUCUACUGUUUCAGUUUAUUUUACAUAGGAAAAGUUAAAUAAUUAACAGCUACUUCCUCUAUUGUCUUAUUAUUUUACACUCUUGUUUAUUAUGUGAUUGUAAAUAGAUUAGUAU